AAAGAAACAGGCUUCCUGUUUGCGUGACUUGGGGACGACUCCUGCUUUUCCCUGGCUGCCCAUCAGUUGGCGCCUUUUGCCGUCCUUUUUCCCCAAGCCGCUUUGGGGGCCGCGGUCUCUCCGCAGCUCGCGGGUCACAUGGCCCGCCUGAGCAAGGGGAGCCCUGCGCCUGAGCUGGGAGGCGGGAGGAGGUGAGGCUCCGGCGCACACCCAAACCGCGCUGCGCCCGCUCCUUCCGGGCCCCGGAGAUGGCGCCUCCACCGGGAUGAGCUAGCCAGCCUGGGCAAUACCAGAGGCGGCCCUCGGCGCGCGCAGGGGACCGAGCUGAUCGCCCCAACCGGGUUUGAUUUCUGAUGACUCUGGCCUGAGUUCCAGGAUGGUUUUUUCUUGGGACCAGACAUGAACAAAAGUUGACCUCAUGAGCACUUCAACCUCUCCAGCUGCCAUGCUCCUUCGGAGGCUGCGGCGACUCUCCUGGGGCAGCACUGCUGUCCAGCUCUUCAUCCUAACAGUGGUGACAUUUGGCCUGCUGGCCCCCCUGGCCUGUCACCGACUUCUACACUCUUACUUCUAUCUGCGCCAUUGGCAUCUGAACCAAAUGAGCCAAGAGUUCCUGCAGCAAAGCUUGAAAGAGGGUGAGGCUGCCCUCCACUAUUUUGAGGAGCUUCCCUCUGCCAAUGGCUCAGUGCCCAUUGUCUGGCAGGCCACCCCCCGGCCCUGGCUGGUGAUCACCAUCAUCACUGUGGACAGGCAGCCUGGCUUCCACUACGUCCUGCAGGUGGUGUCCCAGUUCCACCGGCUUCUUCAGCAAUGUGGCCCCCAGUGCGAGGGGCACCAACUCUUCCUGUGCAACGUGGAGCGUAGUGUGAGCCAUUUUGAUGCCAAGUUGCUCUCCAAGUACGUCCCUGUGGCCAAUCGCUAUGAGGGCACUGAGGAUGAUUAUGGUGAUGACCCUUCGACCAACUCGUUUGAGAAAGAGAAGCAGGACUAUGUCUAUUGCCUGGAGUCAUCCCUGCAGACCUACAACCCAGACUACGUCCUGAUGGUAGAAGACGACGCUGUUCCAGAAGAGCAGAUCUUCCCAGUCUUGGAGCACCUUCUGCGGGCUCGCUUCUCUGAGCCACAUCUCAGAGAUGCCCUUUAUCUCAAGCUGUAUCACCCCGAGAGGCUCCAGCACUACAUCAAUCCAGAGCCCAUGCGGAUCCUAGAGUGGGUUGGUGUAGGCAUGUUGCUGGGGCCCUUACUAACCUGGAUAUACAUGAGGUUUGCCAGCCGCCCAGGGUUUAGCUGGCCUGUAAUGCUCUUCUUCUCCCUGUAUAGCAUGGGUCUGGUGGAGCUGGUGGGUCGGCACUAUUUCCUGGAACUGCGGCGGCUGAGUCCUUCCCUGUACAGUGUGGUUCCUGCCUCUCAGUGUUGCACCCCAGCCAUGCUCUUCCCGGCACCUGCGGCCCGCCGGACCCUCACCUACCUGUCCCAAGUGUACUGCCACAAGGGCUUUGGCAAGGACAUGGCACUGUACUCGCUGUUGAGGGCCAAGGGAGAGAGGGCCUAUGUAGUGGAGCCGAACCUCGUGAAACACAUCGGGCUCUUCUCCAGUCUCCGGUACAACUUUCAUCCCAGUCUCCUCUAGGGUGCCAAGAGAUGCCUUUCUGAAGUUGGCCACUUCUUGAAGAUUCAAAUAUUGAUCUCUUUAUUUAGACAUGGUUGCCUGCAGGUUUCACUGUUUACUGUUGUUAGAGAUAUAGGCACUGGGGCAGCUGAGGAACCUCAAUAUGUUAAGAGCCUUGGCUUUGGUAGCCUCCUGGCAGGAGCAGCAGUUUGCCACAGGUCCGGACCUCUCCCUCCACACAGCCACACUGCCUCAUGCAGUCUGACCCACCCAGUGAGGGUGCAUUUGAACACUGAUUAUAUUCUCCAUUUGUUUUGAAGCUCUGCUUUGUGAUAGAGCUUGUGACUGCCAAAAAUCUUGUGCACAGUGAUAUGACUGUUUUAGGAUCUUAAGGGUAGAAUUUUGUGAAAGUUGAGAUCCUUUGGAAUUGAGUUCUUUCUCAUUGGGUAUGAAAAUGGAUGUAUGUUUAGAAUAUAUGCCCAACGAGGCAGGACCAUGUGGAUAGAUUCCAUUUGUUUCCUUGACCUGAUGUAAUAAAAACUGAUAAAAGCCGUGCAGUGCCCGGCAUCUUGGAGGCAGGUGAUCUGGCUUUUCUGUUACCUGGCAUUUUAUUUUCCUAUAUAUCUGUAGUGCACUGAUAAUUGAUAUUGUUAGUGAGAACUUUAAGGCACGACAAGAUCUGGAAGAGCUUGUGAACCAUCAAAGUCAGAUUGCUUAUGUUGAGUAGUGAUUUAACAUUGAACAUUUCUGUACUACUCUGACUCUUUGAAAAUUGGACAUUUCAGAAUGAUACAAUAUAGGGGAGCUCUUUACAAGUAGCAUAUCAUUUUUCCUGACUUUCCUGGCUGACUGCUUACCUUCAUUUCUUUUUCUUCUAGGUAGCAUGAUGUUAUAGAAAAAAAAAAAAGCAUGGACUGAAGUCAGAAGACCUGAACUUUUAUUUCAGAUCUCUGCCAUGGCCUAACGACGUGACCGCCUUGGGCAGGUCAUAUAAUCACUCUGGGUCUCAAUUUCUUCACCUGUAAAGUGAGGACAGUAAUACUUAACCUGUUAAAGUUGCCUUGAGGAUUAAAUGGCAGAAUAUAUGUAAAACACCUAGCAAGUGCUUAGUCCAUAGAAGACACUUGGCAAACUUUUCUCUCCUAUAAUAAACAUAUACAACUCAAGCUUAUUUUGGAAAAAGAUAUUAGUGAUGUUGUUUAAAGUAUGAGAUAGGGCAUGGAGCUGCCACCUAUGUACCAGCUAUUCCAGAUGACCAAGCCCUGCUAGAAUAAAGACUGACUUUUCAUUGUGACCUCUGAAGGAUGUGCAGCUCAGCUUUCACCUUCACCCAAGCCAAAAAGAAGAAUUGUUCAUUCAAACUGGAAAUGAUCUCCAGCUUGGAAAUGAGACUCCUCAUGAGCUUAUUCUAAGAUCAGAGUCUGAAAAUUAUUUUCUCAAAAGUUACAAAUAAAUUUCUUUUAACAGUACUGUCAGACUAGUGACCAACAAGUUACUUUAUGAGGAUGGAUGAUGACAUUAGAGUUCAAGCAGUUGUCCAGUUUGUUUCGAUGCCACAGUUUGCUUUUAAACUCCCAUAGUGAGCUUCCAUCUUGAGACCCACUCAACACAGAAGGAUUACAUAAAGGUUGAUCACCCACGCUCUACAGAUGAACAAAUUGAGACCCAGAGAUGCUAAACUGCUCUACAGGUCACAAACCUGAACAGCAGCAUAGCCAGAAUGGGAACGGAGCUCUUCUGACUUCAAGCCCCUGCACUUUUUUCUUAACCACAUUAAUUUUAUGAAUAUCUAUGUGGUCAAAGUCUCUUUUGUAAAAUCUGAGUAUAAGCUGAACUAAUUCAUGUCUCUGUAAGCUAAGAUGGCAGAAACACAUUGUCAUGUUAGUUUGGAGGAGCAAACAGAUAUAAGUAUGUGUUGUAAUGUUAUAGUGAGCUGUUAUGUAUCCCCCAGCAAUGUCCAAAGUGAUCAGAGCUACUAGAUGACAUUAUUACAAUGUUCAGAUCCCACUCCUUCAUUCCUCCUCUCUCAGUGACUUGUCUACCCCCAAGCUUUAGAACUGAGCUCUCUCCAACUUAGAACUCAUUAGAGUUUGUUGCAUUAGUGAUUGGAUCUCCUCAUGAAAGUUUUUUGACCAAUGACAGUGGAGCCACUUUAAGCUAGCCAGGCCCAAGAUAGGGAAGCACUGCUGGUUUACAUUUCUGCUCUUCUAAUUCAGUUGUCUAUUGCAUGCAGACAUCCCCUGCCCGACUUCUCCAUUAUGGAAGGCUAAGGCCAUCCUUCCUUGUCCAGUUUCUCUACCUACACACUAACAUGCCUUUUCCUCAUGGAGCUGAACUCUGCCAGUUGUCUUUGGACAUUUUCUGCAGAUGCAGGCUCUGUUCUGCUCUUUCGUUCCCACCCACUUCUAGAUCUUCCUGCAUUUAAUCCCUUAUUCUUAUAAGGAGUCUAAUUUUUGUGUAUUGUCCUUGAUUAGGGCAGCUGACAGCUUUACACCAAAGCUGAAGUCUCUCACUUAAUCCUAAGCAAGGGGCUAGGGAGAACUAAGAUAUCCUUCCCAUAUCAAGGGACAUAGGUUACUAGAAGGGUGGAGGUCUCUUAACAGGCUCACUCACCUUUCAGAGUUUAAAUUAUGGUCAGGCUUAAGAAGCUCUCUCUUGUGACUGAGUGUAUUGCAUAGACAUGUCUGUGAAAAUAAAAGCACCCAUUUUGCUAAGGCUUUCUGAGAA